GACAGAGCAGUCGCAUCGAUUUCUUCAGGGAAGAGUGCGAUGACCGUCGGGAAUUCAGGCAGGCAACGACGUCCGAUUGAGGAAAGAUGAACGAGAUGGAGCAGAUUCCUGAGGGAGGCUGAGACCGCGCGGAUCCUCGAGAUGACCGGUUGGAGGAUGCGGCCGACCGCCUGGGUGCUCGGCGUCAUCGCCAUUGUCUCCGUCAUGAUCACCGUCACUGCGUCAGAAAUGGAGAGCGGCGUCAUCGAGCGUAGCGUCAAUCGUCUCGACGAGGAAGACCGGCAAGAGGACGAGAGGAUCGUCGCGAAGAAUCACACCGUGGAGACCGUUUGGUUCCGCGACAACAACGACGACGCCGACGGCAACAACGAUACGGCGGUCUUCGAGGAAACGAUAUCCGCAUUCGCGAUCCGUCAGGAAGACGAUCGUCACGUCGACAAGCCGCAACGGGAUCAAGCCGAUUCACGACUUCGACUCGUGGCCGGCCUGACAAGGUCGCUCGACAACGCAUCGCGCGAAGGAGUCGCGAUGGAGUACACGACCUGGAAGGACUCGCUCGUCACCGUAACAGAGGUUCAUUCUGAGAAUGUGUCCAAGAAGCAUGCGGACGAGCAGACGAUAUCCGCUUCGAAGAGGAUUGAGGACUCGGAGCAAGCGGAGGAAGCGUUGGCGAUCCUGGAGCACGAGGACGCGCAAGGAACGAACGAGUCCACGAUAGAGAAAGCCAAGGACGACUGGCCGAUAGUAUCGAUGGAGGAGGCGAAGGAGGAGGAAGAGGAGGACGAGAAUAAGGAGGAAGAAGACGCGACGGGAGCGAAAUUCAGCGGGCAGAAGAACGUGGAUGACAUCAGGGCGAUUUCGUUCCAAGUGCCGCCGUUGGAGGCUAAGGAGGAAGCUCAUCGGGACGAGCAGGGUAAGAGCAGCGUCGCGCGAACCAAAAGUGAGAAGACCGACGAGAUGAUGAAGCCCGGCGAGUCGAGGAAGAAUCAGUCGAGACCAGCGAACAACCUGCUCCUGAGUGGCAAGUCGACCAAGGCCUUCUACGAGAUCAAACCGUCCAUCAGGACCCUCGAGAUGGAUCAUGAGCAGCACUUCCACGCGACCACCCACCGGCCCUUAUCGGGCAGGAAGUUCGUCUUGCCCAGCGUGGACAGCGCCUACGGGAAAUUCGGGCCGUACUUCGAGGACGGCGAUCAGGAACUGAACAUCACCGCGAGGAUCGGCAGUACCGUCUUGCUGGACUGCAAAAUCGGCAUGCUGGGCGAUAAGCAGGUGACGUGGCUGCAGCACAGCAAGGACUCCUUUCGCUUGCUGACGGUCGGCAGGAUACCGUACAGCGUCGACCAGAGGAUCAGUCUCAAUUUUCGGUAUCCCAGCAACUGGAGGCUGCAGAUUCUGUACGCGAGCCCGCGCGACUCCGGCUUGUACAAGUGCCAAGUCGCCACACACCCGCCGCUCGUGAAAAAGAUCAACGUCGUCGUUACGGCCCCAGCUUUGACGAUCAGCGACGAUUCGGGGCGUAUAGUAUCCAAGGAGAGACACCUCAAGGCAGGCAGCGUCCUCAGGCUCAGGUGUGAGGCGAGAGACGUGCUCGAGUCGCUGAACGAGUCUGUCGUUUGGACUAGAGGAGACGAGACGCUCACCGAGGACGUCAGCGAGAACAGGACGACGGAGAUCUCAGCGGGCAAGGAGGUCCUCGUGAUUGUCAGUACCCUCAUCGUCGAGAGAGCCAGCCCGAGGCACGCCGGGAACUACAGCUGCAUGGUGGCCGGCAAAGCCAAGACCACCGUCGCGGUCCACGUCCUCAACGGUGAACUGCCAGCCGCCGUGCACGACGGCAACGGAGUUUCAAGAGCGUUCCUUAAUCUUUGGCUGGUUCACUUGACGAUGAGCUAUGUUUUCACUAGAUGACAGUAUUAAGAUCGUUGUAACAACUUCACCCGAUCCGGAUGCAAUUCCAUGGCGCGGGAUGUCGCAACAGAUGCGGACUACAGAGGUGGAUGCAUACGCACACAGACAUAAAUGGUGCAGGUCGGCGCAACAGUGCGUCGGAUCGCGCGCUCAUCGCCGAGAUCACGUGUAAUCGCCCGCUUGAAUUGCGCUGAGAUUCCUCAAUCCGCGGCGAAGCGACGACGACGGCGUUGUGAAAUCGCGUCGCACGAUCCGAUCAAGAUCGAACGACGAUAUUCGCGAGGUCUAGCAGUGCGCGACACGCACUUCCCGCACGAGAAUUCGCGCGUAGGGCGAAUCGGGAAAUCGCGAAGACUCUCCGAUAGCGAUGGAUCCCGCCGAGAGUCGAGAUAACGAAUCACAGAAGUCGGACGAGAGAUUCUCGACAACAGACGGGGGAUUCUUCGUCGGGAGGAAGAUUUACUAAAGUGUGGGCCACUAUAUGAUAGUGUACAAUUUAAUUUAUUACCGUCGUGAUAAGUCGUGAGAGACUCUUUUCGUGAAAACUCAGACGUGUCUCUCUCGCUCAUCGCUGCCCGAUAGCGAGGAAAAUCCGCGCGUCGACGAGGCGAAACGAGGCGGAUCCUGGUGACGGCAAACGACAGGUUCCGGAGCACGCUUCUUCGAGACUUUAUCCACGAUAUGUCGUGCUUGCGCACAUCGCGACCUGAAGUAACGAGCCUGCUUCCCGACCGAAUCUUCAUGCUCGUAACAGUCGCGACGUAAUGGUUCUAUCUUCCAACCGUAUAACUGUAAUGGAUUUCUGUUUUAUUCCCUCCUACAUCAUCAAUAAGGCUCCGAAUUUGUGAUCGAUAUGCGUUGGUUUCCAGUAUCUAGACUAGUGACAUUAAUCUCUUCAGGGAGAAGUGUUCAUUACAUUUCGAAGAAAUUGACUCAAUUUUAAAUAUAUUUUAGCAUAAAUAUUUUAAAUAUGAUAAAUUUUAAAUAUGAUAUUUUAACAUAAAUAUGAUAUUUGCCUA